GGGGGGGGGGGGCGAGUCCAGGCAUCCGGCGUCACGAGUUUUCGAGACACGGUCCCCCGACCUCUCGGCCACCUCCCCGGGACCGGCUUCUCCUCCCGAUUUUUUUUCUUGACGGUCCCAAGGCCCGGGGAGGGCCCCGAGGGGCCGAAGCUUCUCAGAAGCCCUCGUCUCGAUUUUUUUGUCCGAGACGCCAGAUGCCUGGGAGGGCGUCGAGGCUCGGCUCGCUGCCGCUCCGGUACGAGGCAGGGCCGGCGCAGCCGCCGAGUCCCGAGGCGCCGCGCCGCGGCCGCCUGGGCUGAAGUCGGGCCUGUGCCUCUACAGCAGGAACAUUCAAAAAUUGGUUCCUUAGGUCAACGCCUCGACUGUAGGGAGACACGCCCAACUUGAGCCCGGGCCCGCGCGGCCGACGGCGCAGCCGCGGCCGCGGCCCGGCGUGGCGCGGGGCCGUCGGCCACGCGCUGCUGGAGCCGCCGCGCUCUGCCGGCGUCACCGCCAUGGCGCCCCUCGACCACGCGAGUGUCGCCAAGCGCUGUCGCGCGGCCUCUCCGGCCCCGCGCAAGGCGGCCCUGGCGGCCGGCGGGAAUGACGAGAACAGGACGCACAACGCAUUGCGGGCCGGCACCUCGGAGGCCGCGAAGCCCAAGGUCGCGGAACCGCAGCGGCAGCCCCGCACGCGGUCCACCGAACUUUGCGGCCCAGGCCUUGCGAGUGGUUUCUGGCCGGGCCUGCUGAAGCUCGUCUCGGCGACGCUCGCUGUGGUCUGCGCACUCGCCGUGGCGCGCCUCGCGUGCGAGGGCCCCGCCUGCCGUGCGGCUGCUGCGGAGGCCGCCGCGGCGUCCCAGGAGCGCCUGCUGGCAGCCAGGGCGGCCGCGUCGGUGCUGGCGGCCGCGGCGGUGGACGUCGGCGCCGGGCGCCUCACGCGGGCACCUGGGGCGGCCGGGGCGGUGCUGGCGGGCGCGGCCCUCGCGGUCCGCCAGAGGCACCGGGCCGCGGCGGCCCUGCAGGCGGCGGCGCGGAGGCUGCGCGCCCUCGCGGGCAGACUGCGCUCGGUCGGCGGGCGCGGGCGGUAG